GGACGGCAAAACCCCUUUGGAGAUGGUGAAGCAUGAGAUGAAGGCGGUGGAGCGACCUCGGCUCGGGGAGACCUCAACGGAGAGGGCCAAACGAGAAAGCGAGAAGAGGAUGGCAGAGGCGUGCAUGCUUCGCCUGAUGACUGUUGAGCGUGGAGGAGCCACUCCCACCGCGGCCGCUCGAGCGGCGGCGGGUGCCUCUAGCGCACGUGCAGGCGCUGGCUCUUCAGGCAGCACCAAGGUGUGCAACACCUACGUCGUGGUGAAGUACUGCAGCAACACCGAGCUGGAUGGGGAGUACUUGCUGCAGCCGGAGAAGGCAAACGGCAAGGAUCUCUACCGCAAGGUGUCGCCCGGGCCGGGCGCGGCGCCUUUGCAUAUCUACUACCACAAGAAUCCCAAGAGAGGCUGGUCCAUCGGGUCUGACCCAGAGAGCCUUGAGGAUCCCGGGGCAUACCUGGGCCCCUCCGCUGCUAGCGAUCCUUGCUCCAAGCUGUAUGCACAAACCUGGCAGGUUCUCACCAAGAUGCGCUUCGCUUCGGCUGGGUCGACGUAUUGGGCCCCCAACUACGCCUUGAGCCUGAAGCGGAUCCAGCGUGCGGAGUGAGGGAUCCGACGGGUCCGCGGGCAGUGCGUGGCUGCUGUUCGCCCGAAAAGUCACACGGCGGUGGCUCAAACGGAU